AUGGGCCCUGCUGACGCUGGCGGCCAGGAAAACGGUCCCCGCGACGAGGGGAGUAGAGCCGUUGGCGCUUUGCAGGAGGGGGCGAACGCGGAGCUAGGGGCCGACGCCCAAACGUCUGGCGGGCAGGCGACCGCUGGCGAGAUGAACGAGGAGGGGGCGAACGAUGACGAUGUGAACGGCGGCCACGGGAUCGGCUUCGCGACGCCACGCGACGAGGCAAACGAGGAGACAGCGGCAAACGGGCCGCACCGUGACGAUCAUCGCGGCGGCUCUCCCGCUCAUCGUCACGAGCUGCCGAUGAGCGACGGCGAGGCGAACGCUCCUGGUGCGCCACAGCCUCUGCGCCGGAGCGCAAGACGGCCCCCGAGCGCAGGGGCUCCGGCGGUGACAAGGACCUGCCCGCGCGCCGAGCCAGCUCGCGCUGCUGGUCCUCGAAGCGGCGACGGAUCUGAUCAGCGGACGCCGGUGGAGCAACAGGUACGCUCGCGGCAGGGCGUGCAGGAGGAAGCGGACGGGGAGCGGGAUCGCUCUCCGCGGCGGCACCUGUGGCAGCCACUCCGAGGAGCGGACGGGGAAGCACGCGGGGGAGAGGCGGGGGUCGAGGAGCGCGCGGAGGACAGCGGAGUGCAGGCCAAGCGGUGA